UAACAUCGAUACAUCAACAUUUGAAAAGUAAAAUGGGAGUGAAAUAUUUAUGGGAUAUCAUUAAUAGUUCAAAAGAAAAAACAAAUCCAGACUCUUUACGUGGAAAGGUUAUAACAGUUGAUCUAAGCAUAUGGAUUGUUGAAGCUAUAAAGUUGAAACAAUCAGUAGCAAAUUCACACAUUCGUAAUAUGUUUUUUCGUAUUUGUUAUUUAAGAAAGUUUGGUGUCAAAUUAAUCAUUGUUAUAGAAGGUAAAGCACCAGAUUUAAAACAAAACACUAUGAGAUAUCGAAACUUUUGUCAGUAUGGUGUUAAAUUAGGGACUGCAUCAACUGUUGGUAGAAACAGAUUUCAAGCCUUAAUAUUGGAAUGCUGUGAACUUUUAGAUUUAUUAGGUAUACCAUACAUUAGAGCUACUGGUGAAGCAGAGCAAAUGUGUGCAUUUUUAAACUCUAAAAAAAUUUCAGAUGGCUGUUUGACAAAUGAUGGAGAUUUUUUUUUAUAUGGAGGCAAAUGUAUUUAUCGUGAUUUUAGUGCUGAUCCAAAAAAUCCUUGUGUUUCAACUUACACUCAGGAAAAGAUAAAAGAUAAAAUUGGAAUUACACGCCAUGAUAUGAUAGGAAUUGCAUUGUUAUGUGGAUGUGAUUACAUAAAAGGUGUUAGUGGUAUAGGAAAAUCACUAGUUUCAAAGUUUAUUUCUGAAAAGUCAUUUAAAGAGAAUCUUUUAGUCAGAUUUCAUAGAUGGUUUGAAGAUGACUUUUUAAAAGAAUCAUCGUUAAAAAAGUCUGAAGUUUUAAUUGCAAGGCAAGCAAUUAAAGACAAAAGUUUUCCUAACCAAAAGGUUAUCGAUGAGUUUUUAGUUCAAAAAGAUAGUUUAAGUUAUGGAACUAUAAGUUGGAAAUAUCCAAACAUAAAAGGAGCUCAGAAGUUCUUAAAAGAUAAACUUGGAUGGACACCAGAGUAUUCACUAGACAAGGUGUUGCAGUUGGUAUCCUGCUUGUAUUUAGAAAAUUUACACAAUCAACAAUGCAAUGUUCCAAUACAGCCUAUUAGCAUUGUAAAAGAACAUAUUAUCAAUGGAAUUUCGUAUGUUAAAGUUGAAUGGAAAAAAGAUUCAUCUAUUUGCAUUAAUGUUAAUUUGGAUAGAAAAUGCACUGAAUGUGGUUCUGAUUGGAAUAAUUAUCCUGAUUCAUUUUUUACUGUUGAAAAUAAAUCGAACUUUUUAAAAGUUUUACCAGACAUGGUUAACCAGUUUUUAAAAGCCAAAAAAGAUAAUAAACUAAAAGAAAAAAAAUGUCGAACGAGAAAAAUGCCUCAAAGUAAUGAAACAGAUUUUAUAGUGAAUCUUAAUGAUGAUAUUGUCCUAAAUGUGCAAAUGCUAGAACUGUCUAUAAAUCAAACGGAUCAAAAAUCCAUUUGUGAUGUACCAAGAAUAACUACAAACAAUGACGUAAUAUCUAUUGAUAAAACAUCAGCUAAACAAAUCAAUCCCAAUUCCUACCUAUAUUCCCCAGAUAAAUAUUGUUUUGACAAUUCAUUUAAAGCUAAUUCUACUGGAGAAAAUGAUGGUUUGGAUUGGCUUAUAACGAAACAUAUCGAUAAAUUUUCGAUAAAAAAAGGGGAUAAUGUUUUUAUCGAUUUACCUAAUAACUUUGAAAAUAUUCAAUACAUGAAUAACGUAAAUCUUGGAAUAGAGUUACGUAAUUUAAAGUUUCCUAUGAAGUCUUUUGAUAAUGGUUCAAAAAAAAGAGAUUUCACAGAAAAUGUUUAUACUCCUGAAAGAUUGAUUCAUUUUAAAAAUGAUCUAAACAAAACUCCCGUUUGUUUUAACAUGAGUACACCUAUUUUUCAUGUUAACACCUCUAUGAAUUUUUCGAAUUUAGGCGAUUCUAUACUAUUUUAUCUAGAUGAGACCACGAGUAAUAUUGAAUCAGAUUUAUCAAAUAAAAACAACUUGCCGUCUUUAGAAGAAGUUCGACAAUCAGUACAAACACCUUUAUAUCAAAAUAGUUUUAGCAAAACAUGCGAAUCUUCAUUUGAUAGUCCUUUAUGUUUGGUUGACAGGCUCAAGCAGAAACAUUCAAAGAUUUUAUUUUGAACAAUCGUAUAUUCUGUUGUAUUGUUUGCGAUCUGUAAUAUUUAAUAUGUAACUUUUA